AUGCAAUUUCCAGUCUCGGGGUUGUUCCUUAUGGUGGUGUCAGCCUUCGUGGCCCGGGCAUCCCCCGUCCAAACUGCUGUGCCCCAGCCCGGGGUGUUCCCACGGGAUACCAGUCCCACGACUACGGCGACGAACUCGCAGACCACCACAGCGACCACCACCACAGCCACUGAAUUCGAAUUGACUUUGAGCCUGGAUUUGCCCUCCGACACAUGUACGCCCACCAUAAAGCCCGACAAGUAUGGCUGGGUACCGGCCUCGGAGUGUGAUGCCUUGUACCUCUACUACCCGUCUUUUGGAGCCGCAAUCGCUGCCGCCGCGAUUUUCGGGAUCCUGUUCAUCGCCCACUUGGUGCAGGCGACUAUGUACAAGGCGGGCUUUGCCUGGGUCAUGCUCAUGGGGGUCUCGUGGGAGACCGUAGCUUACGGAGUCCGCGCCUUCAGCACUCACAAUCAGCAGAAUGAACCUGUCGUGACUGUCGCCCAGAUGUUUAUUCUUUUGGCUCCAUUAUGGGUCAACGCAUUCGACUAUAUGGUUCUAGCAAGGAUGAUCCAUUUCUUCGUCCCCGAGCGUCGCCUUGGCAUGUUCAAGCCAUCCUUGCUAGCCAAGUCUUUCGUCUUGCUUGACUUCGCAUCCUUUGUUGUUCAAAUGAUCGGUGGCUUGAUGGCCACUGGUACGGACGAGCAGCAAAUGAACGGCAUCCACAUCUACAUGGGCGGCAUAGGCAUCCAGGAGUUCUUCAUCUUGUGCUUCUUGGUGCUGGCUGUGCAGUUCCAGCGAUUGAUGCUGCAACUGGAGAAGGCUGGCCGAUUGCCUGUCGAGAAGCAUAAUUGGCGUCGAUUGCUAUAUGCCCUGUAUGGAAGUCUAAUCGCCAUUACUGUGCGCAUUAUAUACCGCUUGGUUGAAUUUUCCUCCGGUUAUGGGGAAUCAAAUCCCAUCCCAUACCAUGAAUGGUAUAUGUAUGUGUUUGACGGUAUCCCUAUGGCCUUGGCUAUCCUUAUCUGGAACUUUGCCCCGCCGGGUGCCGUGUUGCAGGGUCCAGAUGCAAAAAUGCCAUCUAGUGGGAUCGGAAGGUGGCUCUGCUGUUACGGCUGUGUUUGUUGCUGUCGAAGCUGCCGGAAGAGGGCCAAGGGAAAGAAGGAUAUGCAACGACUACCUGAUAGCGAUAUAUAUGGCCAUGGGGUGCCACUUCAGAGCCGGGAGCCAUCCCCCUACCGGGAUAGUCAAUACACAACCCGUCGUUGA